UCGAAAAAGAAGCAACAGUUUUAUAUGUUUAUAAAAAUGUUUUUAUGUUUAUAUGAGCGAUGAGGGACGUCGGGGUCGUUCGCGCUUAGAAUUAAUAUUUCCAUUUAGUCUAGUUUAAGCCACUAGAGCGGGUGAGCGGCGCUAUUCAAUCAGUGCUGCGGGUAGAAACGAGAAAAAACUGGAAUUCGUAUUCGCAUUCGAGCACAGCCAUUCAGACCUAGUGACAAAACAUAUGCAUACCGAUGUGCCGUGUGUAUGUAUUUUCGCCAGCGACUCGAGUCCGUGACAAAUGAAGCUACCAGUAGUGUAGGAGAGAAACAUUAGCCAGAGACGAGGAAGGGAAGACGUAAUAGUAAUCCACAGCCACGUCUGCUUCUGUGGCGUUGCAAUUGAAAGUGACCAGACCAGUGCUACCUCAACCACAAAGCAACACCCUCAACCACCACAAAAGCAAGAAUGCUGCCUCGGUUUCGUUCCUUCUAUGGCAAACUAAUCAUAUUCAUACUGGUCGCCCUGUGCUUCAUCCUGUACAGCAAGGUGCAGCAGCCAAGCGGCGAUGAAGGGCCUCCUGCUCGAGCAGCCGCCCUCCGGGGCCACGCUCGAGACAGAUACUAUGCGUACGGUGAGAGCGAAAACGAAAUCGCCCGACCCGCCACAGUGUCCCCCUAUGAGCAGAGCAUCCAGCUGGACCUAGAAAAACAGAAGGUGGGCCUGGGCGAGCAGGGAGCAUCAGUGCACCUGUCUGGCAAGGCCAAGGAGCGCGGCGACGCCAUCUACAAGAAGAUCGCCCUAAACGAGGAACUGAGCGAACAGUUGUCCUACAACCGCAGUGUGGGUGACCACCGCAACCCCUUGUGCCUGGCGGAACACUAUGAUUCCAGCACUCUGCCCAGUGCCAGCGUGAUCGUCAUUUUCUACAACGAACCGUACUCCGUGCUGCUGCGGACGGUGCACAGCACGCUAAUCACCUGCAACGAGCAGGCCUUGAAGGAAAUCAUCCUUGUGGACGAUGGCAGUGACAAUCCCGAACUGGGAGGAAAGCUGGACUACUACAUUCGCACCCGCACUCCCCCCGGCAAGGUGACGGUGCUGCGCCUGAAGAAUCGAUUGGGACUGAUACGCGCCCGUUUGGCCGGAGCCCGGAUCGCCACCGGAGAUGUGCUCAUCUUCCUCGACGCCCACUGCGAGGGAAACGUGGGCUGGUGUGAGCCGCUGCUGCAUCGGAUCAAGGAGUCGCGCACGAGCGUCUUGGUGCCCAUCAUCGAUGUAAUCGAUGCCAAUGACUUUCAGUACAGCACCAACGGCUACAAGUCCUUCCAAGUGGGCGGAUUCCAGUGGAACGGUCACUUCGACUGGAUCAAUCUGCCAGAGCGGGAGAAGCAGCGUCAACGACGCGAAUGUAAACAAGAGCGGGAGAUCUGUCCAGCCUACAGUCCGACCAUGGCCGGAGGUCUGUUUGCGAUGGAUCGCCGUUACUUCUGGGAGGUGGGCAGCUAUGACGAGCAAAUGGACGGCUGGGGAGGCGAGAACCUGGAAAUGUCGUUUAGGAUCUGGCAGUGCGGCGGCACCAUCGAAACGAUUCCCUGCUCCCGAGUGGGACACAUCUUCCGCGACUUCCAUCCCUACAAAUUCCCCAAUGAUCGUGACACUCACGGCAUCAAUACGGCCCGCAUGGCCUUGGUGUGGAUGGAUGAGUUCAUCAAUAUAUUCUUUCUCAACCGGCCCGAUCUGAAGUUCCAUGCGGACAUAGGCGAUGUCACCCACCGAGUGAUGCUUCGAAAGAAGCUACGCUGCAAGAGCUUCGAGUGGUACCUGAAGAACAUCUACCCAGAGAAGUUUGUGCCCAACGCGGAAGUUGUGGGUUGGGGCAAGGUGAAAGGUGUCAGUUCCAACUUGUGCCUGGAUGACUUGCUGCAGAACAACGAGAAGCCCUACAACGUGGGCCUCUAUCCGUGCGGCAAGGUGCUGCAGAAGUCGCAGCUCUUCUCGUUGACCAACUCCCAGGUGCUGCGAAACGAGCUGAGCUGCGCCACCGUCCAGCAUAGCGACUCACCACCAUACCGGGUGGUGAUGGUGCCCUGCAUGGAGAACGAUGAAUUCAACGAGCAGUGGAAAUUCGAGCACCAGCAACUGAUACACAGCAACACGGCCAUGUGCCUCGACCACAAAGGCCUCAAGACCGUGGACGAUGCCCAGGUGGCACCAUGCGACCCCAGCAGCGAAACGCAACGUUGGACGAUUGAACACUGAAAAGGCACUGGAAAUACAGGGAUUGAGAUGGGGACGGACGGGACCAAAACAACUGAGAGAAACUGACUAACGCUGACUGAGCAGCGCAGACCCGAAUUCAAAUUAGCGCAACAUGUAAACUUGUAAAUACAUAACCGAAUUCUAGAAUUAUAUAUUUUCUAUACGUAUACGCUGUACGUGUGUAUACCACCAAUGACCAAUUGAGAGGUCCGCCGAUCUCCGGAUCGGUAGCUAGUGCAAAUCGAAAUAUAUUUAAACAAAUCAAAACCAGCGGCGAAUCAAACACAAACAAGUCACCUUAGAAAGCUAAUAAGAAUAACAAUUACCUGUGUGUUGUGUAUAAAUAUAAUUAGAACAAGUUGUAAAAUAGAACGUCGGUACAUCCUACGAGUAUGUAAAUGCUUCACCGAUAAUUAUAAUCGCAAUGUGAUCACGUAACGAUGAAAGCGAUGCGAUGCGAUGCGAUGCGAUUCGACGCGAUGCAUGGGCCAAGUCCAAGUGUGUAACAAGUAACAAGCAUUCCACGGAUGUAAAGGGAACGGCAGGAAGGAAGCGAAUCAUCCACUUUCAUCGAGAGUCUACUCGAAUAACCAACUAUGUAAACUGUAAACUAAAAGUGUUUUAAGCAUUUAUCUACUAAUAUAACUUUUUGCCAUUUGUUUUCAUAAAUAAAACACUUCCAAGUGGAAGACACACAUCUUCAA